AUGGGUCGCUCGCGUGUGCUAUCGUUGAUGUCCGUCUUUGGCGGCUCUUCUCGCAAAGACAACCCCGGUCAACACCAUCGGACUGCCUCAGCUUCAGUCACUUUGAACAAUCCCCCGUUCAGGACUGAUCCCCCCACGCCAGACACCGCGUCGCCCAUCGAUGCCUCGCCGAUUAGUGGUACUUCCAAUGCAGAACGACGGAUCUCGUCACGACCCGAUUCGACCUAUUUUUCACACAAUCCACCAUUAGUGGAGUUUUCGCAAGACACACCGCCAGAACUUCAGCCCAUAUUCAGUCAUCUGAACAGUCAUGCCAACAAAUUAUAUCACGAAGGUUAUUUUUUGAAGCUGAACGACUUAGAUAUACACGGCCGGCCUUCUUCUGACCGACAAUGGGUGGAGUGUUAUGCGCAACUCGUUGGAACAGCUCUUUCUCUUUGGGAUGCCGCAGCGCUGGACGAGGCGGGAGACGAUGGUGACGUUCGCCCAACAUUCAUCAAUUUGGCGGAUGCCUCGAUUAAAAUGCUCGAAACGUUACCAACUCGAAACCAACAGGUCAAGUCACUGAAAAACAUACUAAGCAUAUGCUCCGCGGGCCAGAAUCGGUAUCUCCUCCAUUUCAACUCCUUUCAUUCUUUGACACAAUGGACUGCCGCUAUACGGCUGGCCCUGUUUGAGCACACCUCCCUCUAUGAGGCCUACACUGGCUCGAUCAUCGCCGGCAAAGGGAAGACUCUCAAUAAUGUCAAACAUAUUCUCGAGCGCAACCGCUUCAAACAUGAAGACUGGGCCCGUGUAAGAUUCGGUGCUGGUACGCCCUGGAGGCGAUGUUGGUUCGUUGUCACUCCCCCAAAUGAAAAGGAGUUCCAGAAGGCACAGAAAUCCAUCAAGAAAUCGGCAUACGAUCGCGCGCCUCGACUAGUCACAGGUCAUAUCAAGUUCUACGAGACGAAGAAGACCAAAAAAGCGACACCAAUUGCCACUAUUACGGACGCUUAUGCUGCUUUUGCCAUCUAUCCACAAUCGAAGCCGUUGAUCGAACAGUCGACUCUAGUCAAAAUAGAAGGAACGAUCACCGUUCAUUCGCAACCAGAAUCCACGUCCGAGGGGUUUGUGUUUGUUAUGCCUGAAGUCCACCCAGCUGUUUCUGGCUUCGAAAUGAUGCUCCGCUUUCUCAUACCAACCUUUGACACCUUCAAUCUGUACGGGCGGCCGACUCGGCUGCUCGCCGCGACGAACCAUAUCAAAAGUAUCAUGUUUGCCUUCCCUAACCGGCGUCGCUACGGUUACUUGGAUAUCCUGGAUAUCUCAAGUCUCAUGCAGACACCGGGAAGUCAGAAUUGGAGCGAGGCGGAAUGGCGAAAGCAGCUCAAGGAAGCCACUGCACGCCGCAUGGCAACAGCUGGAAGCCGAACGAGUAGCGUUUCUGGAAGCAAGCCACGCUUCCGGUCCAGUCUUCCAAGCCGUCAAGGCAAUAAUGUCCGCGCUGGAGCUACCCAGCGCAUACCCUCUUCUCCCGAACAUCGACAAGGCUAUAAUCAGUCCACCGAUGCUAUUGUCCCCGAGGUGGCGGAGAGUGAUCCUGUAUCGCCGGCUCAUCACGCUCGCGGUGCCUCUGACUUCACCGGGCUUGCUUCUCAGACGCAGGCGUCUGUGUCUCUCAGUGAGAGCUCUCCGCCCUCAUCUGCUCACGAUCUUGCGCCAAGCGACGAACGUCCCCGCGGAAGUGACCGUAGCAGUGGGGAGGCCGAGCCACACGCUCAUGCGGAACUUGCGGCGGAAGCUGUUGGCCAACAGCUCCGCCCUGUUUCCCCUCCUUCACCAGUAGUGCAACCGCCUGCGUUCACCCACGGACCGGGAGAAGUUCCCCCUACUCGACCCCGAGCAUCCCCUGAUCUUAGAAAAGUCAAUAACAGGAUGUCAGACGCCACGCUUACACAGCUCGUGGCUGCUUCUGGAGGGUUGAGCCGUCUGGGCUCCGACCUGGCGGCGCACAGUCAAACGACAGCCGGGGAGACUAGCCAACCCAGUCCGCCCACCCCGAGUAGCGAAACUGUUGAGCACUACGCAGACUGGGUGAAUCCGGAGGCAAUAGGCCGGAGCAACACCCUACAACAAUCUUCGCUUAUUGAUCCCCGCUCUAAUGCUUUUGGGCCACCGUUGGCUAUACCCAAGGCACGCGGGCUACGAUUGGAUACCGCAAAGGCCGUCAAGAGAAAGCCCGUGCCUCAGCAAUAUGCUGGCGAGCCAGACUCUUCCAGUGCUGCUGGAGAGCCCAGCUUCGAUGAUCUUCGCCACACUGUGGACGAAGAGGCUCUGAACUGGGUUGGGAACCGCCAGCUAUCGUUCACAUCUCGAGACCAAGAUUCCCGUCCAGAUGAGGACAGUGUUUAUGAUGAUGAGUCGGCUGCUUCCCCUGACUAUGCUAGCACACGCGGAUCUGUAUACAGCAAACGCUCUGUCAAAUCAAUCCCUCGGCCUAGGAUGGGAGUCAAGAAGACGGUUGGAACGGUGCCGGAUACGAAAGACUUUGUCAUCGGCGACGCACAUUACUCUAUUGAGCAGUCUUCAGAGCCAAAGAGCACUGCCGACAUUCCUACUAUCGACUUCGGGCCAACAAUGACUUUGAUGCCUACCACUGCACGCCCCACUACCUCAGAAACCUUCAAGAAAUCCGGUCAUGGGCGGAGUGAAUCUAACUCGACAGAAAAGCAAGGUCCCACGCCCCACAUGGAGCGCUCACAUUCCAGGUCACCCAGCAUGAUGUGGCAGCCGGGCAUGGCUGCACCGCGCCCAACAACACCUGGCCGACUCACACCCGAGCAGUUUGUGCAACAACGAUCGGCUCCCAGCCCACCGUUGCAUGCGCACCACCGGACUCUCUCUUCCUCAGCAACCACAAAUCUGGCGCCAGCUCUCCCUAGGCCCUUGUCCGGAGACUGGACGGGCGGCUCUAGGCUACAGCCGCAAUCAUCUGGCCACCGGGAGGGUCCAGCGCGUCCCCAAUCCCGUGGGGCUAGUACUGUCAUGAACUAUAACGAGCUUUCCUCGCAUUUGUCGGCUCGAGAGCAGGAGCAUAUCUCUCGUAUGACCGGCGCUCCGCUUCUUGAUUUCCCUGGCGGGCACAAGCCGCAGGUAACUCCUGUCAACCCCAUGGGUCUGGUUGGGGCUAUUGAUGCUCGAGAGCGGGAGAAAAAGAACAUCCGCGAGGGGGUUUCCAAUCAAAUGGUGCAGCAUGCCAUUGCCCAGCGCCAGCAACAUUGGCAGCAGCAGCAGCAGCAGCAGCCGCCCACGCCCGCACAAACUCAACCUCAGCUCUAUGGCCAGGACAACCACUACAGUGUGUACAACCUUCCUGCCGCCAGUCGGACUUGGGAUGCUCUCAACCAGCCUUACCAUCCCGAGGAGCCGCGGCGUCAGUCGUGGUAUGGGCAAUACUUUGCGGCACAAAAGUCACGGACGCCCCCCGUACAUCAUCACACUCAAUCUCUCGGACAGCCAACAGGUUAUUUCGGCAAUGCCAACGCCAGUCACUACUAG